CAGUGCUGCCACCUGCUGACGGUGCUCCCUCGUCUGAACACCAGAAUCUGACCAACAGUCUGCUGUGGGCGAUUUUGCAGCCCAGCGUCCUGUACAACGACGGUUGAGAACUGAAACAAUCCUACAACGUCAAAUCCACAACGUUGACGUCCACCACGUCCGUGUCGACAUGGAGCCAGAAGGAGAAAGACGUACCUCAGGCGGUAGACGGCGGAAUAGAAGGAGACAAAACAGGAAUCGGAGGUUCCGUCAGGGUAACGGAGAAUCGAACCCGGACUUUGGAUCUGAUGGUGUCCAGAACGAAAAUAAGACCCCCCAAAGUGGAACGCUGAAGGUCUUUCUCGAGAAGCAGGUGAUCAAGAACAAUGGACUGAAGGCGGAGAACAAUAAGAAGCGCGGCAUCGUGAACGACAUCGUGUCUGGCGCUGUUGCAGCUGGGACGCCUCGAUCGUGUCCGGUGACCUCUUUGAGGAACUGGAUGGAUGGAUCGACUACAACUGACUCGCUCCACAAGAAGCAGAUCCAGACUUUGGACUGCUCAAAGAAGCGAUGUUUGGGAUCAGUGAUGAUGAACGACGGCAUGAAGCACCCCCUGACUCUCAGAUCAAGGGAGGAUCUCUUGGCCAACGCCAAGGACUUCAUUGACCAGUACUAUGCCUCAAUAAAAAGCUCUGACACUGAGGAUCACAAAAACCGAUGGACAGAAGUUGUAGACGCCAUUACUACAUCCGGGACCUAUGACCUGACCUUGGAUGAGCUGACCUUCGGUGUGAAGACAGCAUGGAGGAACGCGCCGCGGUGUAUUGGACGAAUCCAGUGGUCAAAACUGAAGGUGUUUGAUGCUCGUCACGUUAAAACGACCAAGGAGAUGUUCGAAGCCAUUUGUAGACACCUUGAAUACAGCACAAACAAUGGCAACAUCAGGUCUGCUAUCACCGUGUUUCCACCGCGCACUUCCGGGAGACAGGACUUCCGGGUAUGGAACACUCAGCUGAUCCGGUACGCCGGUUACCGUCAGUCUGACGGUGACGUUGUCGGCGACCCCGCCAACGUGGAGUUUACGGAGGUAUGCGAGGCGCUUGGAUGGAAUGGCAGGGGCGGGAUGUUUGAUGUGCUUCCCCUGGUUCUGUCUGCGGGAGACGGCGACCCUGACCUGUACGAGCUUCCAGAGGACCUGGUGCUGGAGGUGGAGAUCAACCACCCACAAUACCCGUGGUUUGAGGGGCUUGGACUGAAGUGGUUCGCUGUGCCGGCCGUCUCGGCGAUGCUGUUCGACUGUGGGGGCUUGGAGUUCACGGCAGCCCCCUUCAACGGCUGGUACAUGGGGACGGAGAUAGGGGCCAGGGACUUCUGUGAUGCAGCUAGGUACAACGUCAUUGAGCGAGUUGCCCUCAAGAUGGGACUGAACACUGGGGCGAACUCCUCCCUGUGGCGUGACCGAGCCCUUGUGGAGGUCAACGUUGCUGUACUACACAGCUUCCAGUUAGCAGGUGCGACGAUUGUUGACCACCACACUGCGUCCGAAUCCUUCAUCCAACACAUGCAGAACGAACAGCGCCUGCGAGGGGGGUGCCCCGCUGACUGGGUGUGGGUGGUGCCCCCGAUGAGCGGUAGUCAGACGGAGGUGUUUCACCAAGAGAUGAUGGUCUACAAGCUCAAGCCUUCCUAUGAGUACCAGGAGGAUGCAUGGAAGGUUCAUGUCUGGAAGAACAAGGAGAUGGAACAAAGGUACUUGCAGACUUCCAGGAAGAGUCUGACCAAAGCUCAGACUAAGGCAGUGGCCAGCCACGUCAACUGUGUCAUCUUGUACGCCACGGAGACCGGUCGAUCAGAGCGUUUCGCCAGACGGUUGUGUCAGACAUUCAAGCGAGCAUUUACUACCAGGGUCGUGUGCAUGGAGGACAUCGACUUGACUGAGUUGCAGCAGCAGGACCUCAUCCUCGUCGUCACCAGCACCUUCGGCAACGGCGACGGCCCGGAGAAUGGCGAGGUUCUCGCAAAGAGCCUUGACAAGCUGAGGUACUCCGAAAAGGGGAACACCAACACAGGCACGGGGAACUCAAGCACCAACAACGCUUCAAAGACGUCUUCAAAACCGCUACAGAACAUAAGAUACGGAGUGUUUGGACUGGGGUCGAGGGCCUACCCCCAUUUCUGCGCCUUCGGUCACUUCCUGGACUCGCUGCUGGGUGACCUGGGAGGUCAGAAGAUCCUGGAGACAGGAGAGGGGGAUGAACUGAGUGGACAGGACCAAUCCUUCAAGACCUGGGCCCAUCACGCUUUUAAGGCGUCCCUGGCGGUGUUCAAUGUGGACAGCGACAUGGACGUGACAAACCUCGCGGGGGACCUGUCCAGUAGCGACGACACGUGGACGCCCGACAAAUUCAGUAUAGAGGAACUGCCUGACUGGGAGGAGGAGGACCUGUGUACAGUUUUAGGCCGCCUUCACCAGAAGACAGUCGUGUCGUGUAGGGUGCUGGAGAGGAGGCAGUUGCAGUCCACGACGUCGCCGCGGCAAACUAUCUUGGUCCGGAUCGAAACAAAUUCAGCCACUUCCAUGAAGUACAAGCCCGGUGAUCACGUCGCUAUAUUUCCUUCAAAUUCACCGGAACUGGUGGAAGCCAUCUUGUCUCGCCUACAUGACGCGCCUCCUGUCGGACAGAUUAUGCGGAUAAAGAUGAAAGAGGAGACAACUAUGGAAGGGAAGAGCGUGGUCUGGGAUAAGCUACCAUCGAGUUCUCUGAGGACCGCCUUCACCCGGUACCUGGAUGUGACCACGCCCCCGACUCAGGACUUCUUGAAGGUGUUGUCCACCUUGACCGACCGGAACCGGGACAAGGACAGGCUUGAGCUGCUGACCACUGACACUCACGUUUACGAGGAAUGGAGAGAUACGAACGCGCCGACUCUCCUUGAGGUGUUGAAGGAAUUCCCCUCCCUCCGGGUACCCGCCACACUGCUACUCACGCAGCUGCCCCUCUUGAAACAGCGCUACUACAGUAUCAGCUCCUCUAACGAUGCCAACGCCGGAGAGGUCCAUGCCACUGUAGCAGUGCUCAAGUACACGACUCAAGGUGGUGUAAAUCAUGAGGGUGUCUGUUCCGGGUGGUUGAACAGACUCAAGAUCGGAGAUGUCAUUCCAUGCGCCAUCAGAGCCGCCCCCAACUUCCGUCUCCCAGAAGACAAGACGCUGCCGGUGAUGAUGGUGGGGCCGGGGACAGGUAUCGCCCCCUUCAGGAGCUUCUGGCAACAGCGGCAGGUGGACAUGGCCAGAGGGCAUAUACCUAGCAACGCCAAUCGGCAAGGCUGGGGCGACAUGAGGUUGUAUUUUGGAUGCCGGGCGUCCAGCCAGGAUCAUAUCUAUCACUCGGAGCUGACGGCCAUGAAGAAACAGAGGGUGCUUAACGACUACUACGUGGCCUUGUCACGAGAACCGGGCAGACCCAAGAUGUACGUCCAGGAUAUGCUGCAGCAGCACGCCAAGGGCGUCUACAACACCAUGGUUAAAGCUGGCGGACACAUCUACAUCUGCGGCGACGUGGAAAUGGCCGACAACGUCAAGCAGACACUGGAGCGGAUUCUGAGUGAACACGGAAAGCUGACGCUGGAAGCAGCCAGAGAAUAUGUUCGUCAACUGAGGAAUGAAAACCGAUACCACGAGGACAUUUUCGGUGUGAGCCAGAAGAAAGCAGAAGUGAAAGAAAGCACACGUGACCAGGCCAAGCCGGUUGGAAAAGAGGAAUCAGCGACCCUGAAACAGAGCAAGUCGUUUGGAGGAAAUGGAAAAGCUACCCCUUUCCAAAGACCGAACCGGAAGAAGAUGUCUGGCCGAAACCGGAAGUUCCGGAACAGAAUCUGUUCGUGAAGCCUUUCGUCAACCGAAAGUUAUAACCAACCAGGGUUAAUCUCUCGAAUGCUCCUAACGAACGGUGUAGCUAUCAACAUCUCUGGACCUCCUGGUCCACAAUAUGUAUAUGGCUGGCGGGAUGCUAUCACCUUCUUUUGGAUAUAUACACGUGCAUGUUGUGACCAACCUAACUGCUCGAACACUAUUAUAACCAGUUUCAGUAUAUAUCUACGUCAGCAGAGCUUGUCAUCCCUGUCACCAUUUAUCCAGGGUACAAGGGUCUGCUAUACCAUCAGCAUGUCAUGCAACUCGAAGAAAGGGCAUGGCACCAUAGCGUCUUUCGUGGACCAGUUUUGUUUCCAUCUGUAGGAAAUGAUGCAUUGUCGAUUAAACGCAUCCAUAUUUAUCAAAGAUGAAAUGAUAUGUAAUGGGGAUACAAUAAAUAAUAGUCGAACAUGAUACUGAUUAUGAAUCCCAUGUUUGAAAACGUGAACUAAUGGCGACAGGAAACUGAGUUUGUUCAAGAAUCUAAAAAAAUAUGUCCAUAAUAUUAUUUAAUUAUGUGGCCUUAUUUAUUUAUUUAUUUUUGUCAAAUUAUGUUUUUAGGUGUUAUAUUCGGUCAUGGUAAUGAUUAUGACUAAGCACGCCAAUUCAGGCUCAGACAUUUCUUUUUAAGGGUACAAUGGGUAACACACUUUUGCUUGAGCGUAUUAUGUCAUAUUUGAUAUGGGAUCAUCACGUAGAAUGAGAUAUUAAGAACCUACGAUUCUAAAUGGGUACGAAUUAACCAUAUGGCCGCCUGUCUGUAUAGUAGACUAUUUCAAAAGUCCGAAGUAAAAAAUAAAUAUUAGAAAUAUUAUAAUAACGAGUCUAUACGUUAUUCUGUAGCACAAAUAGUAUCUAAUACGGCCAUAACGAAUCAAGGUAUACCUCAACGACCUUGCCGACUUCUUAUUGGAAUAAACUACCAAGAGCUU